UUUUAGAAGCCAAUUUGGGGGUUUCCCAGCAGAGAAAGACAAAGAGGGCGAAGGAGGGGAAAGCUUCGUGAUUUCUCUCUCUUCUGUGCAAUUGGGAAGCGAAGAGGUUUUUUGUGGACUUUUGGAGGUGGAUUUGGGGGGAGCUAGGGUUUCUUUGGGAGUCGUAGAGAAAAUUGUAUGAGUAGCUGAUGUUGCCCGAGAUCACUGACUGAAUAAUAUUUUUGAGACUAAAUGGCAACAGAGAGCCCCGUGAGGUUAAUAGGAAGCAGUGGAAGUACUAACUGGCCCAUGAACAAGGAUUCUUCAAAUUUUCCUACAUCUACAAGUAAUAUGGCAGCCCAGGAGCUGGGGUUACUUUUAAACGGGGACAGGUUCCAAGGUGGCAAGAAAUUUAGUGUUCCAAGUCGUAGUGGAAGUGCACCACCUAGUGUGGAUGGGUCUUUAGCAUCGCUGAGAAAUCUAAUCAGCCAACAGAGUGCUGGUUCUGAUCAGAGCUUGGAAAACUUGAGCAAUGUAGUUGAAAGCUUCGAGUCUGAAGAACAACUCAUUGCUGAUCCAGCUUACCUUGCAUACUACAGUUCGAAUGUGAAUCUUAAUCCAAGGCUUCCUCCUCCUCUUAUUUCACCAGAAACUCGACGGUUGGUUCACCACAUUGGUGGAUAUGGGGAAAAUUGGAGAACACUCUCCUUUGACGACAACAACAAGGGGCCAUUGUUUGUCUCACGCCCAGCUCUCUCUACCCAUAAGGAGGAACCUGAGGAUGAUAGCUCACCUAAGCAAGAACCUAGUGAUCGCACAGACAGGAAUUCAGGAUUUGCAUCAGCACGGUUCGCAUCUCCAUCAAAAGGUCGUCACAAAAGUCUGGUGGAUCUGAUUCAGGAAGAUUUUCCUCGAACUCCAUCGCCUGUUUAUCAUAACCAGUCUCGACCUACAAACCAUGGUCCUGCAGAAGGUGCUGAUUCAGAUACCACUUCCAACUCUUUACAUGAUUCUUCUAUUAAAAUGGCUAAGAUAGCAGAACGGAAAAUUGCCUUUGGUAGUCAUGCAAGAACAGCUAUUCCAGGUUCGCUCUCAGUUGAUUCCAUUUCUAAUACUGAUAAUUCUGCAGCAUCAAUAGCAGGUGUAUCAUCUGGUCAUAGUGGUGCAAGUCCGCCCUCUUCCUUAAAGGGUGAAUUGAAGAGUGGAAAUGUAAAUCUUGACAAUGGUGGUCUAGUAGUAAGUGUCCCUGAGCCUGAUAUUGGGAGCCUCGAGUCGGACAUGAAAAAUUUAAGGAUGUCAAAUGAUGGGCAUAGAGGUCAUAACACCCGGCAACAUCCUCAGCAAAAUGUCUCACAUCCUCGAGCCCCUCCAUCUCAAGGGCAGGUUGGUCAAUCUCAGAUGGCAGGAACGCGCCGUUCCCAGAAUCUUGUUGAUCCCAUCCUUCAUGGCCAGACAAAGUUAGCUUCAGUUGAAGCACAACCUGUGAUUCAGUCUACUGGCCUUACUCCUCCCUUGUAUGCAACUGCUGCUGCUUAUGGAGGACCAUACUACUCUAACCUGCAGCCAUCUAGCUUGUUCCCUCCUCAGUACAACGUCGGUGGAUAUGCUUUAACUGCCCCCAUCAUGCAACCAUUCAUAACUGGCUAUACUCAUAAUGCUAUUCCCUUACCUGUAGAUAAUCCUUCUAGCCCAAACUUCAGCCCUAGAAUUUCUGGAGUUGCCACUGGUGGGAACCUUCCUCCUGGGGUUGAUCUGCAGCAAUUUUACAAGUUCUAUGGGCAACUUGGGAUGGCGAUGCAGCCUUCUUUCCCUGAUCCUGUGUAUAUGUCUUACUUUCAGCCUUCACCUGUGGAAGCAUAUUCUGGUGCAAAUCAAUAUGAUGCUAUAGCCUCAAGGGGAACUCCUGUUGGAGGCAUGCCUGAUACUUACGAUCCACAGAAAGGGCUGAUGCCCGCUUCAUAUUCAUCUGAUCAGAGACCUCAACUCAUUAGAACAGGUGCCAAUAAUCCAAAUCCUAGAAAAGGGGGUCCUGGAAGUCCAACUAUCUAUGGAAGCCCUCCAAACAUGGGUGUAUUCAUGCAAUAUCCAACAUCUCCUCUUGCCAGUCCGGUCUAUCAGGGAUCACCAGUUCAUGGGGCUGGCUUUUCAGGAAGAAGAAAUGAGACCAUGAGGUUGCCUUUCAGUCCAGGAAGAAAUGCUGCUAAUUCUGCUGGUUGGCCUGGACAAAGGGGACGUGAGCGGGUAGAGGAUAUAAAAUCACCCACUUUCCUUGAAGAGUUGAAGUCUAGUAAAGGCCGUAGAUUUGAGUUAUCUGAAAUUGCUGGACGGAUUGUUGAGUUCAGUUCUGACCAACAUGGGAGUAGAUUUAUUCAGCAGAAGUUAGAGACCUGCAGUGCUGAAGAGAAGGCGUCUGUAUUUGAAGAAGUUCUUCCCCAUGCCUCUACAUUAAUGACUGAUGUAUUUGGGAAUUACGUUAUACAGAAGUUUUUUGAGCAUGGAAGCCCCGAGCAGAGGAAGCAACUCGCGAAUCAACUUGCAGGCCAUGUCUUGCCACUAAGUCUUCAGAUGUAUGGGUGCCGUGUGAUUCAGAAGGCACUCGAGGUUAUUGAGCUUGAUCAAAAAACAAGUCUUGUCCUAGAACUUGAUGGGCAUGUUAUGCAAUGUGUGCGUGAUCAGAAUGGAAACCAUGUAAUCCAGAAGUGCAUUGAGUGUGUACCAACAGAAAGAAUUGGUUUCAUCAUCUCUGCUUUUCGUGGUCAGGUUGCAACCCUUUCAACACAUCCAUAUGGAUGUCGGGUUAUUCAGAGGGUGCUGGAGCAUUGUACAGAUGAGAUGCAAAGCCAAUGCAUUAUUGAUGAGAUAUUGCAAUCCGCAUUUCUUCUUGCCCAAGAUCAGUAUGGCAAUUAUGUUACCCAGCAUGUUUUAGAGAAGGGAAAGCCCCAUGAAAGGAGCCUAAUCAUUAACAAAUUGGCUGGGCAAGUUGUUCAAAUGAGUCAACAUAAAUUUGCAUCUAAUGUAAUUGAAAAAUGUUUGGAAUAUGGUAAUGCUACAGAAAAAGAGCUUCUGAUUGAGGAAAUUGUGGGGCAAACAGAAGGAAAUGAUAAUUUACUGACAAUGAUGAAGGACCAGUUUGCAAACUAUGUGGUUCAGAAAAUUCUUGAAACGUGCUCUGAUAAACAGCGAGAAAGUAUACUUGAGCGCAUCAGAAUUCAUCUGCCAGCUUUGAAGAAGUACACCUAUGGGAAACAUAUAGUUGUUCGCGUUGAACAGCUGUCCGAUGAAGAAGGUCAUCAGGAGAUGUGAAAACGACAAGCAAUGGUUGCUGAUGGCUGGUGUGUUAGUUAGUUAACAUGGCACACAUUGAAUUGAAAACAUGCUGGUGAUGACAAUGAAGAGUCAAAAAUUCAUGGAAGCCCUUGGCUAUAUAUGAUAGAUGUUCUCAGUUGCACAGCAGGGCUUCUUUUGUUUAGGUCCUAGUUUAUUAUAACUGUAUAUCAUCGUAGAUAAAGAUAAAUGUGUUUGUUUCCAUCAUAUGUGCUGCUGAUAUAUAUUAUUAAAUCAUAUUUUAUAUAUAUAUAUAUAUAUAUUGUGUUGAGCAGUGAUCAUAACAACAUAUAUAUAUAUAUAUAUUAUAUACGUAUAGCAUAUCUGAAUUUGUUAGGUGCAAAUUGGGAGUCGACGCUUAUUUAUUUUAUGAAUAUUCAUGGCGCUUGGUGUUGCAAGGAAA